AGCCAGCUCCACGAGCUUUGCCCCGACGCGGCAAGCUGCACGCUCGUCAAGUGGGCCUGUUCAGUACUACAACUGCAACGGGCAAAAAGCGUCAUGCUUUUUACCUACCUACCUACCCGCGAGCGGGUUUCUAGCCGCAAUUAUCAAUUCCAGCAGAGGAGCUCGGACUUAGCAAAAGACACGCAUGCAUGUAUGCAUGCACUUGCUUCUUCUGUAUUAAUAAUGUCGAAACUGGGCUCCACCCUGACCAAGCAUCCCACACGCAGUCAAUUACCAGUUGGUUGAGGCGCGCCAUCACGUAUAUAAUCGACAAAUCAUGCAACAGGCGGGUUAAAGCUGUUGUAAUACUAACCCCGCCCUCGGCCUCCGCUGCUUACAAACAAAGAAGGAGGAGCUUUACCAAGCUUGCCUCGACUCUCUUCGAUUGGAUUUCAUGUCUCUCCGUCGGCCUGCAUUGAGUUCGCUGCGGCGUAUAAGAAGCGUCACCACUCGCACCUCCUAUGUUCAUAGUACUACACGAUGUUCAUCCUUCAGCUAUUUCAACAAUACUAACCUCGCUCCUACAUCAUCACGUCCCCAAGCUCUCCCCGCGACCUUCGUCCCCAAAACUUCAUAUUCUACUUCGAAUCAACAGUCAUCUAAUCCAUCGACGCCAUCAGAAGUGAAAGAAGAGAUGUCUGAGCCAACAGGUCUUAUUGCUAAGAGCGGCAUCGAGCUGCUCACGUUCGGCACACCCAAUGGCUACAAGAUCAGUAUUCUCCUUGAGGAGCUCAAGGAGGCCUAUGGCAAAGAAUACACAUGGCAAUCCGUCAACAUUAUGAAGAACACCCAGAAAGAGCCUUGGUUCACCGCUGCCGGCGCAAAUGGAAGGAUACCGGCCAUUGUCGACCAUGACCGCGAUGGAUUUGCUGUAUUUGAAGGCAUGGCCAUUCUAGGAUACCUGACGCGCCGGUAUGAUCCGGAAAACAAAUUCAGCUUCCCAGUCGACAGCAACGAGUAUGACGAGGCCGAGACCUGGAUGGCUUGGCAGCACGGUGGUUUAGGCCCAAUGCAAGGCCAAGCCAACCACUUCCUACGUUUUGCCAAGGAGAAGAUUCCGUACGGCAUCCAGCGCUAUAUCGGCGAGUCAGAGCGUCUAUACGGAAUCCUCAACACGCGUCUUGCAGACCGCGACUACGUCGUUGGCGGCAAGUUCACUAUCGCCGACAUUAACCUCCUGGGUUGGGUCAAUGCCACGAUGCUCGCUGGCAUUGACCUUGACGCACAGUUCCCUAAUGUCGCGAAGUGGCUCGAGCGUUGCCUUGCCCGUCCCGGUGUGCAGAAGGGCUUUGCUAUUCCGAACGAGUCGUCUUUCAGCAAUGCCGCGGUCAAGAAGGCCAUUGCGACUGAUCCCGAGAAGAAGAAGCAGUCUGAGGAAACGGCAGCUUUGAUCAAGGAUGCUAAGGAGAAGUACGGCUACAAGUACUCUUCGCCCUAAAUUUGAGCGCAGACUCAAGUAUGGUUGAGUACUACGAGGCAACAGUCAUGUAGUUUUAUAAUAUCGAAGGAUCUUGAGUCGUUUGACUCGUAUGAUUCCCCAGGGGUCCAUGAUAUAUGUAUAAUAGCAUAAAGGCCUGCAUAGUUCAUGAGGAACGAGAAACCCUAUUAAUAGCCAAGAAUUGAAUCACAACCACUUCCUAUCUACACACAGCAGGUCCACAGCAU